AUGAAAUGUUUUCACGUAUUCACAUGGAACAGUGAUGCAUGGGGAUAUGGUGCUGGAACCACUUCACUGUAUCAGUCACAUCCAUGGGUACUAGCUGUCCUUCCAACUGGAGAAACCCUUGGUGUUCUUGCUGAUACGACACGAAAGUGUGAGAUAGCUCAAACAUUUCUUCGUGACAAGAAGAUUCCAUCUGACGUGAUAUGGAUGGAUAUUGACUACAUGGAUGGUUUUCGUUGUUUCACAUUCGACAAGGAGAGUUUCCCGGAUCCUAGUGCGUUGACAAAACAUCUUCAUGAUAAUGGUUUCAAAGCGAUAUGGAUGCUUGAUCCUGGAAUAAAGCAGGACGAAGGUUACUCUGUCUACGAUAGUGGAAGUAAAAAUGAUGUUUGGAUUAGAGGAGCAGAUGGGAAGCCAUUUGUUGGUGACGUAUGGCCUGGACCUUGUGUUUUCCCUGACUAUACAAAUUCUGAAGCUCGCUCUUGGUGGGCUAAUUUGGUUAAGGACUUUAUUUCAAAUGGUGUUGAUGGUAUAUGGAACGAUAUGAAUGAGCCUGCAGUUUUCAAAGUCGUGACAAAGACCAUGCCUGAGAACAAUAUUCACAGAGGAGAUGAUGAGCUUGGAGGUGUUCAAAACCACUCACACUACCACAACGGGCUUAGCGGUCAGCCCUUAUCAGGGCCAGAUAUCGGUGGCUUUGCUGGCAAUGCAACUCCUCGGCUAUUUGGACGUUGGAUGGGCGUUGGAGCUAUGUUCCCAUUCUGUCGUGGCCAUUCUGCGGCUGGCACUGAUGACCAUGAACCAUGGUCCUUCGGAGAGGAGUGUGAGGAAGUCUGUCGUGCCGCAUUGAAGAGGCGUUACCAACUCCUACCACAUUUUUACACCUUGUUUUACAUUGCUCAUACAACUGGUGCUCCAGUUGCAGCCCCGAUCUUUUUCGCUGGUACGGUUGGUGAUUUGCCAACAUUAUAUUUACAAGGUGGAUCCAUCAUUACACUUGGUCCUCCUCAUCUACAUGUUGGGGAAUCGAGUCUGUCAGAUGACUUGACUCUACUUGUAUCAUUAGAUGAAAAUGGGAAAGCUAUAGGAGUCCUAUUUGAAGAUGAUGGAGAUGGGUAUGGCUACACGAAAGGCAGCUAUCUAAUUACACACUACAUCGCCGCGCGACAGUCUUCCAUUGUUACUGUGAAGGUUUUAAAAACUGAAGGAGAGUGGCAGAGGCCAAAUCGCCGUAUUCAUGUCCAAUUACUGCUUGGUGGAGAAAAUGCAAAACUGAUACCUGAGAAGGAAAUGUUACCUGGACAUAAGGGAAUGGAACUUUCAAAAGAACCAGUUGAGCUAAACAAUGGCGAUUGGAAACUUAAUAUAGUUCCCUGGAUUGGAGGACGAAUAUUGUCCAUGACACAUGUUCCAUCAGGAGUUCAGUGGCUUCAUAGCACGAUAGAUAUAAAUGGUUAUGAAGAGUACAUUGAUACUGAGUACCGGUCAGCUGGAGGCACUGAGGAAUAUAAUAUCAUUGAGAGAGAUUUGGAACAUGCAGGAGAAGAAGAGUCUCUUAUACUAGAAGGUGAUGUAGGUGGUGGACUGGUUCUUCGGCGUAAAAUCACUAUACCUAAACACAAUCCCAAAGUUUUUCGGAUUGCCUCUAGCAUUGAAGCCCGUAGCGUUGGUGCUGGUUCUGAUGGAUUUUCAAGGCUGGUAUGCUUAAGAGUCCAUCCAACUUUCACUCUCAUACAUCCAACCGAAUCGUUUAUCUCCUUCACGUCGAUUGAUGGUACAAGGAAUGAAGUUUGGCCAGACUCUGGAGAGCACUUGUAUGAAGGGAACAACCUCCCAAACGGUGAAUGGAUGCUGGUGGACAAGAGCCUCAAUGUACAGUUGGUAAACAGGUAUUCGGAGCUUAUGGCGAAGGAGCAGACCGGAGGUGAUGAUCGGAGAUGGACCAGAAGGAGAUCGGAGUAA